CCAGGAAAGCCAUUUGAGCCAGCAACAAUUCUGAAAGCUGCAGCUGCCAAUAUCAUAGUUUCUUUUUUACUUGGCAAGAGGUUUGAAUAUGAAGAUGCUACACUUGUAAGACUACUGGAGUUAAUUGAAGAAAAUGUACACCUUCUGGCAACCCCUGCUGUGUUGGUAUAUAAUAUGUUUCCCAUGUUGGGAUUCCUUUUGGGUGCUCAUAAAAAAAUAUUGAAUAACGGAAAAGAAUUCCAUGAAUUCAUACAGGCCACAUUCCUUGAAAAUAUCAAAGAGUUUGAUGAAAAUAUUCAGAGGACUUUUAUUGAUGCAUUUCUUGUUCAGCAGGAAAAGGAGAAUAAGAAGUCAAUAGAUAGCUAUUUCCAUAAUGAUAACCUUAUAGGUCUUGUGGAUAACCUAUUUAUUGCUGGCAUGGAUACAACUUCAAACACUUUGUGCUGGGCCAUACUCCUAAUGAUGAAGUAUCCAGAAGUUCAGAAGAAAGUCCAAGAAGAAAUUGCCAAAGAGAUUGGGGUUCGUCAGCCAAGAACAGAAGACCGAGUCAAAUUGUCUUAUACCAAUGCUGUAAUUCAUGAAAUUCAAAGGUUUGCUGAUAUUGUUCCAACCAAUUUGCCCCAUGCAACCACCAAGGAUAUAACUUUCAAAGGUUUCUUCAUUCCCAAGGGAAUGCAUAUCGUUCCAUUGCUGUCAUCGGUGCUCCAUGAUGAAUCCCAGUGGGAAAAACCUCAUGAAUUCUAUCCUGAGCAUUUUCUUGACUCAGAAGGAAAAUUUGUGAAGAAAGAUGCAUUCAUGCCAUUUUCUGCAGGUCAGAGAGUAUGUGCUGGUGAGACCCUUGCCAAAAUGGAGCUCUUCCUCUUCUUUACCAACCUCCUCCAGAGAUUUACCUUCCAGCCACCUUCAGGAACAUCUAAAGAUGAUCUGGACAUAACUCCUGCUCUUGGACUUAUCACCCCUCCCAUGCCUUACAAGACCUGUGCUGUGUUAUCUUGAUCUGACAGAAGAAGAAAAAAACUCAUAAUAAGCUGUUUCUCACCUUUUAAAUGCCUUUAUUUUG